UCACCUCGUUGGCAAGUUUUAACACAAAUGGAACGCCAUAAAUUGUCUCGUUUAACUUUUGCAGAAGCGUACGAUAAAUCUGUUCGCCCCUACAUCGAUCUUGUCGACAGUCUUCGUAGCAGCGGUGUUGACAAAGACGUUAGUCUUCCUUCUGUAGUCGUCAUCGGAGAUCAAAGCACAGGCAAAAGCUCAGUACUUGAAGCAAUUUCGGGUGUUCAGUUACCGCGGGGAACAGGAAUAGUUACGAGAUGUGCCUUAGAACUACGACUGAAGAAGAAUAGACGCCAGAAUGCUAGCGAUCAGUGGAGUGGGCGACUGAGAUAUGUUACUAAAUCCGGAAAAGAAAACGUUGAAUUGACAAGUCCAGAAGAGGUGGAAAGUGCUGUUCAACGUGCACAAAACGCUCUUGCAGGUGAUGGUAAAGGAGUCAGUGAGGACGGUAAAAUUGAGCUCGAAGUCUGCUCACCUCACGUUCCUGAUCUUACCCUCAUUGACCUUCCUGGGAUCACGCGAGUUGCUAUUGAAGGACAGCCCCAUAACAUCGCAGACAUGAUCAAGUCUCUCAUCAAGAAACAUAUUACCAAAGGAGAAACUAUCAUUCUUUGUGUCAUUCCAUGUACCAGCGACAUUACUACGUCUGAGGCUUUGGUGUUUUCCCGAGAAGUGGAUCCCGAAGGUGACAGAACCCUUGGUGUCCUAACACGGGCUGAUCAAACUGGACAAGGAGAAGAAAAAGCAAUCAUGGAUAUCCUGCAGCAGAGAAGUGAUGUAAAAUUGAAACUAGGCUGUACAGUCGUGAAAUGUCGAAGCCAGAAAGACAUUGAGAACCAAAUGUCUCUAGAUGAUGCUCUAGAAGCAGAGAGGGAGUUCUUUCAAGAGCACGAGAUGUUCUGCAAACUGGAGGCCGACAAAAUGGGGAUUAAAGAAUUGUCACUGAAACUAACACGACAACUGGUUGAGCACAUACAAGCUUGCCUUCCCAACCUACUGGUUGAUGUGGAAAAAGCUCUCACACAAACUAAAGCAAAUCUAGAUCGACUUGGAUCACCCCUUCCCAAAAAUAAAAUCGAAUUUCUCGUAGAAGCUUUACUUCAGUAUGGGAAGACACUAGGUGCUGUGGUUAAAGGCGACUGCAUUGCGCAGAAAGAGUUGAAUGAUGAUCGUAUUUUUAAAGAUGUAAGAAGCUGCUUUCACGAGUUUGGAAAGAAAAUUCAUUCUUUGUGUCCAGAUGAAGGUCGUCUAGAAGACAUCGAAGAGCAGAUUAAAGAGAAAAGAGGCAGAGAGUUGCCGGGAUUUGAAAACUACGGAGUAUUUGAAGCAGUAGCAUUUGGAUGUGUGAAUACCUUUAAAGAGCCAGCUUUGGAAUGUUUGCAGAAUGUAAAGCAAUUGAUCGAGAAAGCAUAUGUUGAACUUGCUGCUGGUCAGUUUGAGAGAUUUCCCACUUUGAAACGGAAUGUCAUAGGUCAAGUAGGGAGUCUGUUCCAAAAAAGAUGCAAUGCAGCAGAAGAAGCAAUUGAGACAAUGAUGAGUAUGGAGGAGUGGAUCUAUACCAGAGAUUCAGUAUAUCAAAACGUAAUGACUGAUGUUUCCUCUGAAGGCGCAGCAGGCGACAGACAACCGUCCCCUAGCGUAGAACCUACAACUACAUCUAAUACCAGAUUUCUCGGUGGUGAAGUUGGCAAUCCAGUCACUGAUGAGUCUAUUGAAUGGUCUGCAAAACAGCUUCUUCAAAAACUUAAAGGCUAUUUUAGGAUCGUGAGUCUUCGUCUUGGAGAUCAUAUUCCAAUGGCUAUCAUGUUGCACUUAUUAACCAACUUUGUGAAAGAUGUUGAAACAAGACUGAUUAGUAAGCUCGUUGGAUUUGAUGGAAAGAGACAAAAGACAUCAAAUGACGAAGACAUCAGUAGUAAUGAAUCGGACUCUGACAAAGAAGAAGAUGCUCUCACCAUUGACAUGCUUGUUUGUGAAGAUGCAAACGUUGCAUUGAAGCGCAAAACGCUCAAGCAAAAGAAACAACGGUUGUUGGAUGCACAGAAAGAGUUAAAGACAUUUACAAUCAAGCGAAAGAAGGAACAUGUUCAGAAUUAACUCACCAAUAGAUUAUGACCACUACUAGAGAUAGUGUCCUUCACUAUUUUGUGUUUAAUUGCAGAAUCCUUACAUUGGAUUUUGCAGUUUGAUAAGGCCCCUAUUUGUUGCAUGUCUGUUUCUCAUCACCCUCCCGCAUCCGAAUGACACCAUUACGCCAUUAUACUGCGCAUGCGUCAUACAACCAGAACACGUGUACGGUGUAUCCUACGUCUCUUCUCGCCUUCUUCCGUGUCUGAUUCAGGAUGUCUGCUCUCCUUAACUAUACACUAUAUUGCAAAACAUCAAGAAAGACGUUUAUACCCUGGAGGAUUACUGGUGUGGAUCCUCCAAAUACGACUUUUGCUGCGUUUUACGAAGGUGAGGCUGACAGAAAUUCGGAGCUACGGGAGCGAACAAGGCAUCUGACGGAGGUGUACCUUGGAAAGUCCAAAGACUCUCUCGACCUCGUUGAUUCUAGCCUCUCCGCAUCCGAUUGUGUCGCUAUCUUCGGAUCAUACGCCAAAUUUUGUGUUGAAGAGUGGAGAGAGGAAGAUCAGUCGAUGAGUGCAAUAGGCAGUGAUUAAUAUGUAGUCAGUGGUCUGUCAGUAAACGUUUGUACCGCUCUAGCCUUGUGCCAUUAUAUAGCCUAUUUAUUAAAUAUAAAAUUCCGAUCUGUUGUGUUCCUUACAUAUUGUGCCUUCGAACUGCUGGUGUCACGUGACAUAUUAAUUAUAAUGGUAAUGGCCCGCCCGCGUCAGUUUGAGAGAAUUUGGUGAUGAGAAACAGACAUGCAACAAAUAGGGGCCUAAUCAUUAUACACACUUCACUAUUAGCCUUUCCUAAACAAGCUGCUCAAAUCCAUGAAUUGUAAAACCCGAUAGCUCUCAACUGCACUGAAUAUUAUUAAAAGUAGA